UCAGGGGAACUCUGGAACCCGUCGAGAAGGCACUCAAGGAUGCUAAACUCGACAAGAGUCAGAUCCACGACGUGGUCCUCGUCGGAGGCUCCACCCGCAUUCCGAAAGUACAGACUAUGCUCCAAAACUUCUUCUGUGGGAAGAAACUGAACCUAUCCAUCAAUCCGGACGAAGCCGUAGCCUACGGUGCAGCAGUCCAGGCAGCCAUCCUGAGCGGCGAGACCGACUCCAAGAUACAGGACGUCUUGUUGGUCGACGUGGCUCCUCUGUCUCUCGGUAUUGAAACAGCCGGCGGCGUGAUGACGAAGAUCAUCGAACGAAACUCAAAGAUUCCGUGCAAACAAUCUCAGACAUUCACGACGUACUCAGACAACCAGCCGGCCGUCACCAUCCAGGUGUACGAGGGAGAGAGAGCGAUGACAAAAGACAACAACCUUCUGGGCACGUUCGACCUGACGGGGAUCCCGCCCGCGCCGCGAGGAGUGCCCAAGAUCGACGUGACGUUCGACAUGGACGCUAACGGCAUCCUGAACGUGUCGGCCAAGGAGAACAGCACCGGCCGCAGCAAGAACAUCGUGAUCAAGAACGACAAGGGUCGUCUCUCGCAAGCGGAGAUCGAUCGCAUGCUGUCCGAGGCAGAGCGGUACAAGGAGGAAGACGAGAAGCAGAGACAGCGCGUGGCCGCUCGGAACCAGCUCGAAUCGUAUUUGUUCAGCGUGAAGCAGGCGCUCGACGAGGCCGGCGACAAACUUAGCGACGCGGACAAGCGCACGGCGCGCGAUGCGUGUGACGAGGCGCUGCGGUGGCUGGACAACAACACUCUCGCUGACCAGGAUGAGUACGAGCACAAGCUGAAGGAUGUGCAGCGAGUGUGUUCGCCGGUCAUGAGCAAGAUGCACGGUGCGGCGCCCGGCGGCAUGCCAGGAGGAAUGCCAGGAGGAAUGCCGGGUGGCAUGCCAGGUGGUAUGCCGGGCGGUAUGCCUGGAUACAUGCCUGGUGGAAUGCCGGGUGGAUACCAAAUGCCACGAAAUGAUGGACCCACUGUCGAAGAAGUUGAUUGAACCAGUUCCUACAAAUUUCAAACUCUAUGUGAACCAAAAAAUGAUCUCCGAUAUUUUUAGUUGUAAGCUCUCCCCACCUUUAUACAAAUGUGAUAUUAAUUUAGGAAUUAUUUAUGUAUGAAAUAAACUGCUAA